AUGGCGGGGCCAGAAGAAGAGGUCGAUUAUUACGCUGUUUUGAACGUCAGAAAUGAGGUAAAAAUAGUCUUUCAGAUAGAAACAAGUAGAAAAAUAUUUGAUCAAUCGUGUAAAUUGUAUUUUAUUGCAUUUCAGUUAAACCAUAAUGAGCUUAAAGCUGCUUACAGAGUACAGACGUGUGUGCAUGUUAUAUCAUAUCAAGAUCCCGCGAAAAUGAAAGUAAGGUUAAAAAAAAUUAGGCCCUGUUGGCACAAAGCAAAGUUUUCUUUGUUUUGCAAAAAAAAUUUAACAGGGAGCCAUUUCUAGUGCGAACGACUUUUUUCGCCCGCCAAAAUAUUAUUUUCUAACUGUCACCAAAGUUCAAAGAUACAGAUGCCGUCGAGAAAGGUUGGGGGCCUACAAUUUUUUGUGAAGCGUCAAACUCCUCUGUUCCUUAACAGCUAUCCUUCACCAUGAAAUAAAACAAGGUUCUUUGACCCAAACUUUAAAAAACAGGCAGCCGUUUUCUGAAAACCUUGUUAAUAUGACCAUCUCCUGGGAAUUUUGCCGAGAAACGUGUUUUGAAGCUAAUGGUGGUAGUUGCUGUUUUUAGGAAAGCUUUUAGGAUCGCGGCUCAGGAGCGAAUGGGUUAAAUACCACCAGAGUUCCAUGGCUUCUGGGUAGUCGAAUGAAGGAUUGUUUCACUGUAGACAUUGUAAUUUGGCAGUAAGAUUAAGUUUACAUGUAAAAAUCAUGCCAGUACCCCUGCUUAUCCUCAUAGUGGCUAAUGAUUACUGCCUUUUCAUAAAAGUGAUAGUAUAAACAACAGUUUGUUUGCACUUGUUUUGAUAGAUUCCUGUUGAGUUAUUCAGUAAAAAGCAAAAGGCUUGUGAAGGUAUGGUACUCAUGCACUACAGUUUAUUGUUUUUAUUUACCCCGCCCAUCGUAUAAGCACUAGGCUAAUCCAAUCAAAUGUUUCUGUUAGUUAUACUGGUAAUUCAAAAGAAAUUAUUCUUUUGAACUUAUAAAUAAAUGCCGCCCUCAGGUAAGGACCACUUUGAAUAAACACCACAUUUAAGGAGUAAAAAAUUUAAAAGGGCUGUGCACAGAUGAUAUCACCUAAACGUGACCCCUACCGAGAGUCAGACAAACGUGGGCUAUUUCUGCAAGAGUUUGCAAGAGUACUGUAUGAAAAAAAAAACAGUUUGCUAUCAGUUUUGCUGGCCCUUUUGACGUUUUGAGGAGUGGUCCAGGUUCAAAAUUUGAGCAAGAUCCUGGAGGAUAUAAUGUAGAACAAAUCAAAACAUGGCUUAAGUACAAAGACCUACAAAGGAUUAAGGCAGAGUGGAUAAUGAGAGGACUUUUAAGCACUGUGUCUUGAUACCUUAUUGCAGCUAGUAAAUAACAUAAAAUUCCGAAAAUAAGCCCCUCCAAAUGUAAGCCCCCCAAACUCGCAAGAAACCCUCCGAUAAAUCGCCCUUCCUAAUACUUGGAAAUUGCUCUCAAAUUCAAAAUAAAACAAAGCGAAAACUCUACAGUGACACAAAAAUUUUUGCAUUAUUGUAAAACUUACAUCUUUGCACAAUGCUUUUAGUCCAGUCAAAUAAUUUGGUUUAGCAUCAAACUAAUUGCAACAUAAUUUUUUUUUCAAUGCCAUUUUGUUGUUGGAUGGCUAUUUAAAAACAUACUAAAAAUCUGCCAGAAUCGGUUUGGUGAAACAUGAGAAAAAUUGGGAAUAAAGAUUAUUUUUCAACUUUCACUACAGGAGACCCAAUUUCAGGAAGAUCACAAAUUCAGACAAAACAUCUGAUAACUGUGUUUUUUUUUUCUUAAGAAUUUUCAAUACAAUGUCACUAAUGUAUUUUGGGUGGUUUUGUUUAAAAAAAAAUCCAACUAAAUGUGCGAGAAACACCUGGGUCAGUGUUUCGUCUUGACGGCUUUGCACUGGUUACCCAGCCACUCAUCUGUCUUUAGCAUUCUGUUUUCCAAGCUUUAUUUUUUUUUUGCUAUGACGGUAUUUAAAAGGGAAAUUAUUAGUCAGUCUGUGGUAACAUUGUUAAAAAUAUUGGUAAUUGUUUUUUUGUGUGCAAUAUCAGAAAUGCAGUAAAUAUUUUAGCAGUUUUACAGGCCUGUAAUUUUUUUAUAUCCUGCAGCAUGGAUUCAAAUUUAGUACAACUGUAGCUGACUGAUGGUGAACAGUUUGAUUUGAUAUUUUGUUCACCUUCAGUCAGCUAGUAAAUUUGCAUCCACGCUGAAGGAUAUGUGCGACUAACUGAGUACAAUGGACAAUAGCUUUCUAUCAGUACAAACUGUUUAAUCUAUUCCCAUUUUCUGCAAUUGAGUUUAGUGAGGUAGUUAUGUUCAAACCUUGGACACAAGGGAUUCUUUUUUUUUCUCAUGACAUGUGCACUUCCUUUAGGAUUAUGACUCCACACUUUAUCAUGUGAGCGAAUAAAUAUUCUGCUAUGGAGUCCGUCUAUUUGGUUUUUGCUCGAUCAUGGCGCUCUGCGCUUUUCAUUAUAACUGGCCAAAUUUGUUGUAAAGAAAAUCCAGAAAACCAAGAGUGCGCAGUGUGAUUGUUCUCUUUUUAUCUUCUUCUUGUGGCAAGUCUCAGAUUUAGUUUAUUAUACAUGUAUCUGUGUGUUCAGUUUGUAUUUUCUGCGGCAGCCCUGCAUUUCUUGAUAAGAUGAAUAAGUAGAUUAAUCGCUCUGCGGUGUAAAGGUAUUUACAUUCCCUCCUUGCACUUCUUUUGUGAGAACAACCCUGAACCUUGACCCAUUUUUUUUUUGUCCUUUGGCAAAUGAAGACCUCUUUUUCUAUAACGAUCAUAGGAUCCUAUACGUCUGAAAAUAACUGCAGCUGUCAAUGAAAGCGCAAAGGUACUGUACACAUGUACAACAUUAAUGGGCUUGCGUGACUUACUUUCUGAUGGCUCACCUCUUUUUGCAGAACCUAUGUUUCCCUUCGGAUGAGCAUUGUGUAACACAGACUUCAGCUUACUGCAUGUUAACCCUCUGACUAAGCUGCUUUAAUUAUGCUCUGCAUGGGAAAUUUCUAUUACUCCAUAGCCUCUUACAAGAUAUUUUUAUAUACGCAUUGUUUUGGCUACCCAGAGUUAAUCUUUCCCUUAAAAACCUGCUUCCUCAUUAUACUCCAAUGACUGUAUUUCAUUUUCUUGAAACAAACGUUUGCUGGCACCAAAGUUCUUAUGCAAUAAAUGUUCCGUUAAUUUAAAUAUAUAUAUAUAUAUAUAUAUUUUUUUUUUUUUUGCGAAGGUAACAACACUUUUCCUUAAAUGAAAAUGCAUUUACCUCUUAUCAAAUUCAUAGGCAUUGAAGCUAAACCUGCUCAAAAACUCUGCAUUGUUGUGCAUUGGAAAGAACAAUUAAAAAAGUUAUACACUGAAAUUUAGAAAGCUAAGACACAAGUGUAAGAAAAUGUUUCAUCUGUUUUACAAUGAGUGUUGGUGCAAAUUAUAAACUCCGAUAAACAAGAUUCAUCAGGAGAGAAGAUAGUUUCUAUAGCUUCUAUUUUAAGUCAACAAAAAAGUGAAAAAUGAUAUAUAAUUCAUCUGAACGAAGCCAUUGUUAUUCCUUUAGCUUACUGCUUGGUUUUGCCACAUUUUUGUUCGAGAUUGUAGAUCACAGCGUUUCAGUUUGACAUCAUUUAGCUUUUGUUUUCGUCUCUUGUUUCGUAUCAUGACCAGAUCAUGACUCUUGACACAAGUCACUUGCUAUUUGUCACACUUGUUCUUCUUUCAUGACCUAGCAUGUUUCUUAGCGUGUUUGUUUACGUUUUACAUUAUAGUGCAGUUUUACACUCCUAGUUGUAUUGUUUAGCUGUGUUAGUAAUUUUUAGCGUCGUUGUUUCGUUUAAGCAUUAUUGCCCUGUCUGAUAAACAGUGUUACUUGAAAUACAUGUAAUCAUAGUUACUGAUUCUUUUUUAAAAAAUUCAGACGAUUUACAUAUAAUACAAACCUUAAAGUAUGAAAUACUCAUUAUUGUUACAAGCUGCUCAAAUAAAAACUAUUACGUUGCGUUUAACUCAACUUUUUGUUAAUAAUAAUAAUAAUAAUAAUAAUAAACUUUAUUUAUAAUUAGCAUCUAUAUCAUUAACUGUUCUAGGGGCUUUACAAAAUAUGGAUUAAAACUCUAAAAAAUCUAACAACGACAUAUAUAAGUAUAAAAAAUGAAUAAAAAUCUAUUUAUAUAUUAAGAAAAAGCUUAGUGAAAUAAAUGUGUCUUUAAGUGUUUUUUUGAAAGAAUUCAAGGAAUCGGUAUUCCUUAAAGAAUAUACGGGUAUGCUGUUCCAUAAUUAUUUAGGUCCUGCAAUAGAAAAUCUUCGAUCACCAUAAGACUUUAGCUUAGACCUUGGGACUUAUUUGAGCAUGAACGCAAAGAGUAGGAGCUGCUACAAAAACUGAGCAAAUUGGAUAUUUAACUUGGUGAAAGUCCAUUGAUAGCCCUAUAUACUAAAAAUAAGAUUUUAUAAAUAAUACGGUAUUCAACAGGCAACCAAUCUAAGUCUAUUAAGCUGGGUGUUAUGUGUUCAUAUUUCUUGGUGAAUGUUACGAUGCGCACUGCCCUAUUCUGAACUAGCUGUAGGCGGUUCAAGAGAAAUUUAGGUAGUCCAUAUAGAAUUGCAUUACAGUAAUCCAAGUGGGUAGUCACAAAAGCAUGAAUAAUUGUUUCAGUAGAUUCACGAUCCAAAUAUGUUCUUAUCUUACUAAUAUUACUUAUUAAAGGGAAAUGACAUGUCUUGCAAAUCUUUUUAGUGUGGUCUUCCACAUCAGCACUGGGAUCGCGUAUCACUCCAAGAUUACGAACAGAAGAGGACGGUUGAAUAGUUUCACCCCCAACACGAGCAAAUUCCAGUGAAGGACUGGGCUGAUAACGUGAAUUGAGUAGAAGCAACUCAGUUUUUUCCUCAUUUAGAUGAAGACUAUUAAGAAUCAUCCAAUUGUUGAUUUCCUUUACACAUAUUUCAAUGCUAGAUUUAGCAGGGGAGAGAAGAUCAUCACUUCCAAAUUUAAAUGACACAUAGAGCUGAGUGUCAUCAGCAUAGAGAUAGUACCUAAGAUUGUGUCUCUUUAUGAUAAUGUCAGCCACUGGUGAAGUGUACUAAACAUACAAAUGUAUAACAGAGGCCAAUGGACGGACCCCUGCGGUAGACCGCAGUUAAGUUCAUGUAAAGAAGAUCUUGAACAUUCAAUUUGAAUGUAUUGCGUACGAGAUGACAGGUAAUAUAUGAACCAUUCUUGUACAGACCCUGUAAUACCAUUUAUGUUGAGACAGCCUAUCCAGUAGUAUUUCAUGGGACACAGUAUCAAAUGCAGCAGAUAAAUCUAACAUAAGUAGUACAACGGCUUUAUUGCUGUCAGUUGCAUGCAGAAUAUCAUCUUGUACCUUCACCAUGACAGUUUCAUUGGAAUGAUGUACUUUACAGGCUGACUGAAAGUUCUCAUGUAGGUUAUUGUUCAUCAGAUAGUUGUUUAACUGAAGAGCAACAUUCUUCUCAAUAAUCUUCGAUAGCGCUUUUAAAUUCGAUAUGGGUUUAAAGUUCUUGAAUUGUAAAAAGUGCGCAUCAGGUUUCUUGAGCAGAGGAACAAUACUGCAGAUUUCAAACAUGUAGGCAUUCAGCCUUCACAGAGAGAGAGGUUGACGAUGUUAGUAAUAGUAGGCAGCAAUAGGUCUGUACAUUGUUUGAUGAUGGAAGAUGGUAAUGGAUCCAAGACACAGGACUUCGAGAACACUGUUGCAGCUAGUUCCCUGAUGUCAUCAAGUUUCAUUUCAGUUAAAGUUUAAAAGUUAGUCAAAGAUAUAGUGAGUACCUCAUCAGAAACAUAUUCGGCCGAAUCAAUAAGAGCCUUCUUUUUAACAUGGAGAUCAUUAUGUAGUGUAUCAAUCUUAGCAGUAAAUUAAAGGUAGCCAAUUCAUCAGCUAGCAUACAGUCAUUUUCGGAGGGUGGAUAGAAGUUAACAGUUGGCUUUUGAAGUAGCUUUUGAACAGUUUUGAACAGAACUUUUUGAUUACCAGAGGUUUCUUUAAUAAUAGACGAAUAGUGCUCUGACUUGCGAGAUUUGAUCAGAUUGAUCACAACGUUACAUUGGUGUACAUACUGCUUUCGGUCAGCAGGUAGUCUCGUUAUUGUUAUUUUCUGACUUACCAUUUGAAUGGUACCUACAAGUCACAUAUAUUUAGAACUGCAUACUCAUAGUUUUCUUGCUAUUUGUUCUACUCUGGUUUCCUUGGUGUUAAUUCCAUUAUGAUUUAGCUUAGUCUGAAAAUGUCAGACGUCAUCUCUGAUACAGUAAGCCACAUGCAGUCAUAGACUGCCUAUUUUUGUAACACAGAAACACUUCAUACUUAUCACUGAAAGCUAGGUAGUAGUUACCAUAAAAUUCUGAAAAUAAGCCCCGGGGCUUAUAUUUUUCAAAGGCCGCAGCCCUUUUUGAGGGGCUCAUUUUGGAGGGGCUUAUAUUUGGAGGGGCUUAUCCACGGAAGGAAAUUUGCGUUUCAAACUCGAUUGGGCUAGCCUUGUAGUUGGAAGUAAAUUUACCGUUUUUGCUUUGUUUUACUUUGUAUUUGAGAGCAACUUUCCAAGUACAAGCUCCUAGGGGAUUAUUUGGAGGGGUGAUUUAACAGAGGGUUUUUGUGUUACGGGUUUGGGGGACUCAUAUUUGGAGGGGCUUAUUUUCGCAAUUUUACAGUAUUCGUUCUUCUUUCACUUUUCCAUAAAAGUAACAAACACAUUUUGGGCAUUUUUGUUUAAACAUAUAAUUUCAACUAACGUGGGAGCCCUGUGUUAAAAGCUCAAAAUGUUUAACGCUUAAUUUUGACAUGUUCCGCCGAACCAAUUUUGGCGGUUUUUAGUAUGUUGCUAGAUAGGCCACCCUUACUUAAAUGGCGUUGAAAACAAUUCUGUUGCAUAGUUUGACGUUGAGCCUCAAAAAUGCCUAGAUUGACUGAACUAUUUGUUGCCUAGUUAAUUUCGCAUUUUCAUUAUGGAAUAAACUUAAGGUGCUUCUCUAGUUUUGCACGGUGCACCUCUCACUGUACAUUACAAGAUGGUCACUGUGAAAAAGAGAUGAGUCUCAAACUGUUGAAAAUGUGCAUAACGUAAGCAGUACGCGUGUUGUUUUAACAAAAGUUCAAUGUACUGUCCAUGGAGUCACAUGCACAUUUAGAAUGAGAUAACACAAACUCUUAACCGUCAGAACCAAGUAAAAUAGUAGAAAAAGCAUGUUCAGAUCAUAUAUAAUUAUUCCAAAUUACGGCCUGUAUUUAUAGAGAAAUUACAAUUCGCAUGAAAAUUUAACAUCUGUAUUGUUGUACAUGUAUUUUGAAAUAAGAUGUAAAUUAAAUUUAAACAAAAAGAGUAAGACAAAGUACCUCGUGGGGGGUCUCAGGUCUGAUAAUUUCAUUUGCUGCUAACUGGCUAGAAUGAAAAAAAUUAACUUGCACUACAUCAGGAAUUGACCAGCAUGGGAAAGUAAAUAUUCCUACAAAGUUUGGUGCUUGUAUCAAAAAUCGCAUAAUUCUCUAGCUAAGCCGCUGUACUUGAAAGAUACCAGUAAUUAACACUAUCUACUAGAAAAACGUGUGGUGCAAAAUAUUGUGAAUUUCUCUGGGAAUAGCUUGUCACAUGAUCCCUGAACACAGGUUGCCAAAAUUUUUUUUCUACUCGCAUGGCGACCAAAAUGCUCGCAGCUUGGAGCACUGUUCAAUUGCCACUCGAUUUAUAAAUAUUAUUUUAAAGGUUCCACCUCUAAACAUUUAUACCAAUACAAACGUGUGUAAAAUGUACAAUAGGACCCUUUAUUACCAGCAUCCCCCCCCCCUCUGUUUAAGUGCCCUUCUUUCAAUAAGCACUUCUCCUUUUAGCUAAAAAGCUUUGAGGUUCUUAUUCUCCGAAAUACAGUAUACUGUGUUUGUGUUAACUGUGUUGACAACCUCAAUAGUGUAGAUAAAAUAUGGAAUACUUCAUGGAUAGUAUUUACGCAUGAGUUGUUGACGUAUCAGAAAUCUAACAAGUGAGCACAGAGAACAACUGGGAUUUCUGAUACGAAAACAAUGAGUGUGUAUAUACACAACUGUACCAUUCAUUAAAGCACUUUCCAUAUUGUAUUGCGUUUAUUAUAAUACGUACUGAGAUAUUCAUCAUUUUGACGGACCUUUUGUUUUAAAUCUUUCCAAAAUGCUUCAAUUUGCCUCUACUCAAAUAAUGAAUUUGCUUUAAAUGCCCGAUUUCGAUAUAUGUAAUAAUAAUUAUUGAUGUUAUUAUUAUUACACACACAGUAUUACACACUUGGUAAUUCAGCAAUCUGAUUGGUUUGCUCUCUCAGACUAUGACUUUAUGUUCGUCACGCUAGGCAUUGAAUAUUAAGCAAAACAAAAUUGUUGUUUAACUGGGUGUUUUGCUAAAGUUUCAGUGUAAGAACUUUUUGAAAAUAAAGGAAUAUCCUAGUGUUGAUGAUUCUGAAGCUAAGAAAAGACUCAAUGGUGUAUGAACAGUGUGAUUUAUUGUGGAGUGAUUUACUGUAGCUGACUUUUUAUGCGCUCGAAUCAAUGUUUACCACAACAGAGCAAAAUUAACAAGGCUGAUUUGUCAUUGUUUUGUGCACUUGAGAUUCCCUCACAAGACCAAUUUUGCCUGUAAAUAGAAUUUAAUUUAUGUAGAAAAAAGGAAGGCAUAUAUUAAUUUUUCAAAAAUUAAAAUGUCUAAGAACACUGCAGAUAAACAAUACUUACCUUGACAAUGGCUGCUGUAAUUUUAACAGCAUUUGCAAGAAGUGACAAAAAACUUUCCCAUUCACAUUCACAGUGAGUUGACAAAAGCAAAUAAAGCUCUACAUUUUUAUUUUCUUGUCAAAAGGAAUCGUAAUUUAAACUUUUGAUGUUUUACUUUGAACCAUUGAUGCUAAAGCUUACAAAAAGAUUAAGACUGUGAUCUGCAAUGUUUGAAUAUACUGUAAAGACAAAGUAGCUCAGAUAAAAAGAACAACUUGCACUGUGAGCAUAAUUAUGUCUCAUUCUGUUUUUCCCCUUCCACUGUUGUUUAGUGGGCUGUCUACAAUAUUAUUCUCUUUGUCAACAGAGAAAUACACGAAUUCCAAAUGUUAUCACUUUGGGAUUAGGUUGUUUCCUUUUCCAACAAUUAUCCCAUGAAUGAUAUUGUUAUUGCUAAAUCAGCCUCCACCAAAUAUGUUGAAGUAACUGUAACUCAUAAUCUGAAUUGGGAUCAACAUUGUGAUAAUAUUAAUUUUGUAAUAAGGCUAAUAGCACGGUUGGUCUUCUGAGAAGGGUGUUGGCGGAUUGUUCCACAGAUGUCAAAUCCAAGGCAUUGCUUGCUCUGUGUGGAACCCAUAUACUAAAUGGAAUAUUCACCAAAUCAAGCUACAAUCCUGGACAAAAGUCCUCGGGACAGUACUGCGAUAUUCAUAUUUUUCUGUCAUUUGUCGGUUCCCUCUUAAAACAGUGCAUCAUUUUCUAAAUUUUCUUGCAGUUCUCCCUCCCCCCACCCUAUACAAAGUUGAACUUGAAACUCGAAACAAAUGUAGGAUACACGCGUCCAACAUUGUUUGUGGGGUGAGGUUAGUCCAGUUGUAAACCUGGAAUAAGUUACCUGUAACUACGGAUUUUUCCCUUCACUAAUGGUAUAAUGCUCAGCAUUAUUACAUGUAGGCUGUUAUGAUAUUAAAUUUUAGUGUAGAUAAAAUCUUGUAAACAGUAAUUUUAUAAUGUAGAUAUCUGUUUUAAGAUUUGACAUGUAAAUAAUUUUCUCUUUCAUCCAUAAUUACUAUUUAUUUAUUUAUUUAUUUAUUUUUAUCUCCUAGUAUACGUGUACACUGUUUUAGGAGUAUUCCUAUUAAAGUAUCAGAUUCUUUUCUUUUCAUGUGUGGAAAACAUUGUUUGCUCCUCUGAUUGGCUAGAACUCAUUUGCAUAUGAAAAUAUUCGACAGGUUUUUGGUGAGUAUUUCUCAGUAUGUAUUAUUGUUAUAACUGUGGUUUGUUUAGUGUAAGUUGUUUUAUACAAUGAUGUGAAUGCUACGGGUGCUGUGAUUAGUCAUUGACCAUGAUCUAUUAGAGCACAGAUACACAGAUGAUGUCACGGAAGAUUGUUUUCUUUGUUGUGUUCAAUAUUAUGGGUUACUUUUUACAGAUCCAUGAAGAAUAUGAGCAUCUCCACAGAGAAAAGGAGAAUGCUGCUUACAAAUAAUUAUUGAAGAAUGCAGCUUACAAAUCCAAAGGUGAAUGGAGUCAUUUUGCAAGUGAUGUUGUUUAUAUUAACUACUUCUUCACCCGUACUUUGAUCUUUCAUGUUGUUCAACAUAAGCUGUAUUAACUUUUUUUCUCUUUGCAGGGCAGUAUUUCUGUUGGAGUGAAUGCCACAAACUUGUGAUUCUUUUGAAGGAAGGUGAGAUUUUUGGCUGAUCUUUUGAAAGAAAGUGAGAUUUUUGGCCGAUCUUUCAUCAGAAGCUUUGAAGCAUAAGAGAGGUUACUGUAAAUGCCUGAAAUAGUGCCAUUUUUAAAUAAGUUCUUGCCUUUGAGUUAGCACCUCCUUUCUGUGAUCUUAAAACAUUACUUAUUGUUUGACUGUAUUUUGAGUCCAGCAGGCAACAGAGUAUGUGUGCCCUUCAUGUAUAAAUGGCCUCCACUCCACCCCUCUAUACACGCCCUCUAUACACAUUACUGACACAGUUACAAGCGAAUGACCCAAUUGAAACAAUCCAGCUGUUGGGUGUAAAACAUGCAUCUCUUUGGUAGUCCAUUCUGUGUUUAAGUUAUUACUUAGCUCCUUAUAGUCUCCAUACACAAAAAUUAAUUCUCUUAUAGAGUUGUGCAAAAGAUAUGAAAUAAUAUUAUUUUAUCUAGGGCGAAAUUUUAUAAGACAUAGUAUUAAAGGGACACAGUCAGCUGAUGUACAUGUGCAUAGAUACCAUUUCUUAGCUGAUUUGUCACAAGACGCGCGUGAAACAAAAGCGUAUCCGGAAUCCUCUAAACAAACCUUAAAGAGUUGAACUACAAUAUUGUAGUUACGUGCCAAAAUCGUGAUUAUAGGCCCUAAGCCACAUCAGAGCACUCAUUUUUUAUAUACCAUUGAGAAUUCACCGAUAGAUUUUUCCAGGGAAAGCCAAACAUCGACGAAUACUUCCGAAUGCGAACAUCAGUAGAGGUGAGAAAUUGCAAGAAGUCUGAAUGAUUGUGAAAGAUUCAAGGUCAAGAAUGCCUGAUUUUCCAAAUAUGUGUAACCUUUUCCAUCCAUUUUCCAAAUAAAAUUAUAUAAUGAUUAUCGCCGAUGUUACUGAUUCAUUUCUCUUGUUAUUUUGGUAAACAAAGGCGAUUUCUCCCACCCGGUGCCUACAGGUUUCUCACCUCUUCUGUUUAUGUUCCUUUGAAUACUAAUUUUGACCAAUUAAUGUGAUAAAAUAAUGUAAUAGGAUUAGUAAAAGGUCCAGAAUUGAAUGAAACACUAGGUAGGAUUGAAGUGGAUUUCUAGAUGUAUCCAAUGCGUAGAUUUGAUUUCGGGUUGAGGUAAAUGCUUUUUAAACUGGCAAAAGUAGCAUCCAGGUUCACGUGGUCCCAUAGCUGACUGUGUCCCUUUAAACUUGAAAAAGUUGGACUAACUUUUUUUCAGUUUCAAUCCAUAUCUGCCCAUCCUAUUGAACAAUUUCAGUGGUUUAAAACAGUAUUAAAUAACUGAAUUGUACCAUUAUUUUUGGAAUUCAAUGAUGCAAAGACACAUUAUAGCUUUACAAAGAGAUAGCAAAUGGCAUGAAAUAGCACCUUUAAUCGCUUAAUUUAUAAUUGCCUCUUACUGAGUGUGCAAUUUAUUGUGUGACAAAACCUUUCUUUGCUCUUCAGUUAUUGCAUUGGAGGAAUUGUGAUUGGAGGUCAUGGAAAGGGGUGUCUGUGGAAACGAAUGGCCGUAAGUGACCAUAUAAAAAAUAAUAUUAUGAUAACAGUAACUGGGGGAGAUCUUGAAAUCAAGUUAUGAUUAGUUCAUGACUCAUUUUCCUCUCGGGGAGUGGUGUGAAAAAAAUUUGGGAAUCAAUAUUUUUUUGUACUGUCGGUAAAACAUAAACAAUUAAAAGCUUAACAAAAAGUUAAAGAGAAUUCUCAACAAUAAAAAAGUUAUCAUUAUAUGUAAUUUAUUAUUUUUUGUUACUGCAUGCGGCAAGUGUUGUCCCUGUGAAAAGAGAGGUUGUGUUCCUUUACUUUAAGAUAGUAACAAUAUUGUCUCUUGUUACUUUACUCAGUGCUUGCUUGGCAACUCGACAAACACACAGUGAGAUAUGUAACAUGCAAGGGCAGCCUUCACUCUUCCAUGAACGCAACAGUGGUUAGGGAACAGAACAAAGUUGAAUACAGUUUACCAUUCAGGUAA